GUUACAAUCUGUGUCCUGCUCUUUGUGAUCCACCCUGCAAUCAGAAUCCAGCCAGCCCAGAUGUAACCCAGGACAUUAAUAAAAAAUCUUGACGUUGGAAGCACAGCAUUUAUUAGCAUAAAUCUUAAAUACGUGAGGGAGGUGUUUACUGUGCAGAAACUAUGGGAUUUGUCUGAAGUGUUUCCUUUGGGCUGAGAAGCACAAGGAGCUUUCACAGGCAAAGCGGCAAACUGGAAGUGGCCUGGAGCUGACACACUGGAGCACUCGCUGCCUGGGCUGGAUGGUUUUCUUGCUCUGAGGAGCAGGACAAAGUUGUAGGAGAUGCUCCAGUACAUCCUUUGGAUCUUUUUCUUGGCAACAAUGAAGGCGAGAGGGGAGCUGCCAUUCAUUGCAGAAAACAACGCGGCUAUGAUGGUGAACUGGAAUGCCGUUGAAGAAAACAAAAAAUUAUAUGCAAUUUAUGACACAAGUGUGAACGAUCCCGGCAACAUGUCCUUCGUGAAAGAAACUGUGGAUAAAUUGUUGAAGGGCUACGACAUCCGCCUCCGGCCGGAUUUCGGAGGUCCGCCCGUCUGCGUGGGGAUGAACAUCGACAUCGCCAGCAUCGACAUGGUUUCCGAAGUCAACAUGGAUUACACUUUGACUAUGUAUUUUCAACAGUACUGGAGAGAUAAGAGGCUGGCUUACGCUGGCAUACCUCUCAACCUCACGCUUGAUAACCGAGUGGCAGAUCAGCUUUGGGUGCCUGACACUUACUUCUUAAAUGACAAGAAAUCAUUUGUGCACGGCGUUACUGUGAAGAAUCGAAUGAUUCGCCUUCACCCGGAUGGAACGGUGCUUUACGGCCUCAGAAUCACAACCACUGCAGCUUGUAUGAUGGACUUGAGAAGAUACCCAUUAGAUGAACAAAACUGUACUCUGGAAAUAGAAAGCUAUGGCUACACAACUGAUGACAUAGAGUUCUACUGGAGAGGUGGAGAUAACGCAGUCACUGGCGUGGAGAGGAUUGAACUUCCUCAGUUCUCUAUCGUGGAAUACAGACUGGUGUCAAAGAAUGUUGUCUUUGCCACAGGUGCCUAUCCAAGACUCUCACUGAGCUUCAGGUUGAAGAGAAAUAUUGGCUACUUUAUUCUUCAAACCUACAUGCCCUCCAUACUCAUUACCAUUUUAUCAUGGGUGUCAUUCUGGAUCAAUUAUGAUGCAUCAGCAGCAAGAGUUGCCCUUGGAAUUACGACUGUGCUGACUAUGACAACAAUCAACACUCACCUGCGAGAGACUUUGCCUAAAAUUCCAUAUGUUAAAGCCAUUGACAUGUAUCUCAUGGGCUGCUUUGUAUUUGUCUUCUUGGCCUUACUAGAAUACGCCUUUGUCAACUACAUUUUCUUUGGAAAAGGCCCUCAAAGGCAGAAAAAACUUGCAGAAAAAACAGCAAAGGCAAACAAUGAUCGCUCAAGGUUUGAAGGCAAUCGGGUGGACACCCAUGGAAACAUCCUGCUAACAUCGCUUGAAAUUCACAACGAGAUGGCAAGCAACGAGGUCACCACCAGCGUUACGGAAGCCCGAAAUUCAACUAUAUCGUUUGACAACUCAGGAAUCCAGUACAGAAAACAAAGCUCACAUCGUGAAAGCCUUGGAAGGCGUUCGUCAGAAAGAACAGGCCCCCAUAGCAAGAGGGGCCAUUUACGAAGAAGGUCUUCACAACUGAAAAUAAAAAUCCCCAAUCUAACGGAUGUGAAUGCCAUCGACAGAUGGUCAAGAAUGGUGUUUCCAUUCACAUUUUCUCUUUUCAACUUAAUUUACUGGCUAUACUAUGUUAACUGAGUGACUGAGUUUUUUUUAAAGGACUUCAAUUAUAACAAGUGAAGUACUACUUGCCUGCAGAGUUUAUAUAUAUAUAUUUAUAUAUAUAUUUAUAUAUAAAAAAAUAUAUAUAUGAACUUUUACUAUGUAGACCAUACUCAUGUAUGUGUGAAUACAUGUAGCAAAGAAUUGUGUGUACUUUAAAGCACAUACUGCAAAGCAAAAGUAUAUGUAUGCACACACACAUGAACACAUUCAUUCUGAGGUUAUGGACACUUUAACAUAGAAUUCACUUCAGAGGAACCUUUUAAAUUGAAAAGCAGGUGUCAUCAAAGCAGCAAGCCUUGAGAAAGUAAGUGUUGUGUAUUAUCACUACAAAACUUUGAUUGUCAUAGAAAUUUUCAAACAGCUGUAAUCAUGUAUAAAGUCAGUAUUUAGUAACAUCCUUUGUAAAUGCUGCCAUACACACUAAUCAUAAAGCAGCAGAGUUACACUGGUAAGUUUAAAAUAAGUUAUUUAUAUUGCAGAUCCAUCAACUACGAUUUCAUCAAGCCAAAUUUAUUUUUCUCUGCUAAAAUUUCUUGGGCUUAUAAUGUCAUAAUACAUCUUUUCCCAGUCCUGAAUGGGCAUAGUUUUCAAUGGUCUCUUGCUUUCUCUUGUGCAGUCAGCAACCUGAUCAUGGGAGUGUUGUAGGUCUUUGGAGACACAUACAGGUUCAUAACAUUUCAAACAAGCAUUUUAAGUGUCCAUCAACAGUGAAAUGAAUCUUUUGUAAGUACUGUAAAUGUACAGCACAUUUUCCUUCCCUUGGACUGGUUCCAGCUGCCAUGUCAUUUUGAAAGAGAACAGCACAUUUUUAGUAUAAUUUAGCUGAGAAUUCAACUACUGUCAAUGUGUUCUACAUCUGCUGUAGAUUUAAAGAUUGUUAUUCCAGUGAAAGCAUAGAAGAUGUCUCAGGUUAUUUGUUACUUCAACAUGAAAUCACCUAGCUGUAGCCUUUUUUAAACAUGCAUUCAUAUUAUUUAACAUUCUUAUAACAUUGUAUGUUAAUGUAAAAUAUAUUUGCAUAAUAUGCAUAUAAGUAUAUUUUCUCAAUAUUUUUCUUCCCUAUGCUUGCUAUCGUGACCGCAUGUUAUGUCAUAUUUUUGUUUCUGUGAUGUUAUAACUUUUUAUUCUCUAGAGUUGAGCAAAUAGAGCACUUCUGAUACUUUGAUUCAGUAAUGGAGCAUUUUCAUAUUUUAUUUAUAUACUGAAAGUAUAUAUGCCUACACUUACCAAGGUAGUGUGCUGCCAUCACAGAUCACAAGAGUAUGUUUUGUUUCAGCAUUAACUGUGUUCUAACAUACCCUUCCUGCAAAUGUGACCAUUUUGGUUUUCAUCCCAGUUCAUUCCCUCACUGGGAUUCCAACUUUUUUGAGUCUAGUAGAUUGUAGUCAUCAAAGUAUGCCAAUUUCAGAUCUGUAAACUUAAUUUGUUAUUUAUCAGAACUAAAUCUUUCUAAAGAAAAGAAGAUAUAUUUUUUGUAAACAGUGUUUCUAUCAUGUACAUUCUCAAAUAACAACAAAUACAGUAGCAUAAAUAGAUCUAAAAAAACCAGAAUUCAGAACCCUGACAGUUCUCUGCAUGUGAAAUUCCUCUGGAUAUCGAUGGGAUUUUUUGACAGAUAGAGAGCUUUGGAUGAUAGUUGGAGACUUCUUUGGGGGAAAAUAUGUGUGGCUAUUCAUCUAGCAAAACCACCAAAUAUGAAUGAAAUAGAAAAGGCUGCCUUGGCUCUGUAAUGACUGCCCCGUGUUCUCCCUAGUACUUGAUUUGCCUGUGAGUAGAGCACUGAUUCUUGGGUUGCUACUGUGUAUGGCCCAUUACUGUUCCCACCCCUAUUUGCAGCUGAACUGUGAAACUUUGCUGAAAUUCCAGCAUAGAUGAGCCUGGGUUGCAAAUGUGUUUCAGUUCCAUCCUUGGGGCUGCUCCUUGGGCAUGAAUGGGCUCGCACGGUUGCCUUGCAGCAUCGCUGCAGUGCGAUCCUCAGCUGGGAACGUUCACCAGAAGCCCGGCUGCUGGCAUGGGCAGGAUCAGCGCCGCAGUCCUGCUGCAUUGUUGGCAGUGGUGCAAAAUGGCUGGAACUGCAGUUUUUAAGCACUGUAUCUGCAGACAACUACACAACAUGAAGAGCCUCAGAGGAACCCGUAUAGCUGGAGCAGAAAAACUUGGUGUUUAAAAGCUCUUCGGUAUUAAGGCCCAUUGGUAAAGUGCAACGUAUUGUGAGCUCCCUAAUAGCUCUUCAAACUGUGAAGGGAUUAUAAAGCACAUUGUCAUCUUUAUAAUCAAAGUAACUAACAAUUAACACCCUCCCAAAGUACAUAUUAGAUAGAAUUGUUGAAAAUCUCUCCCAAGUUAUCUUAAUAGUAAAAUAUUAAAAAACCCAUCUGAUUUUAAUAAAAAUUAUAAAUGGUAGGGUUUGCUUUAGAAAAAUUUUCCUACUGAAAUGAUCUCCAAGCAAGUCUUCCUGUAAGUGCCCUAAAGAACUACCCUAAAAAGUGGGAUUUGAGAGUGAUCCUGCCCUCCUGAUUUAAUCACCGCACUCUGUUUUCUUCAAGUCCCACUCCUAGAAAUCACGUGGUCAGGCAGAAACCUUCAAUUAGAAGUGUCUUUUUGGUUGUGAUAGAAAUAUAUAUUCCAAAUCCCUCUGAAAUCAGUUCGUCAGUACAAUUUCCAAGGCAGAAAAUUACUCUCUGUACAGACAAAAGAGGCAAUGUGGAUUUUUCAGGGCCCUGCAUGUGCAAGAAGACUGAGUCUCUGAGGACUCUCUCCCUCUCUUACCAUUUGCGCAACUGGAGGGCAGAAGGUUACUGCAGCCCCGUUCAGGGAACUGUACUCCCCAUCUUGCCUGUCAUGGCAAAAAGUAGGCAGUUGCAUGUUUCAGCUUUUUCACAAGAUUUCACAUUCAUUGGUCUAGUCACAAACAACUUUAACCUUGAACAGAUCCAAGUCUUGGUUUGACUUGAAAAAAGCCAGGAAAAUCUCACUUUAGGUUACCACUUCAUCUUACACACACAUUUUUUGUGCCUUUUUUGCCAACUCCGUUCCUACAGUCCCAGCACGACUUCUUACACACAAAACCACACACAUACAACCAUGAGUUAAGAACAGUGUUUACCUUGACCUCCCAUUUUCUGGCUUUUGUCCCUGUGCAUUAGCUGCAGUAUAUUAUUUUAACCUUAGAUGGCUUUAAGACUAAAAAUGGUGAUUUCAAUUAAAUCACACCAGAGUAAUGUAUUUCAUAGCUAAUUAACUCCUUUGUAACUCAACACUGCUAUAAAUAACAUUUACACAUAAUUUGUUUGUAAAAGGCAUUAAAAAAAGGAAAACUGGAACUAUCUUCUGUUAUAGCCCAAAGGGUCAAUAAACAGUAGAAAUAUUAUGAUGGUUUAACUCUAAGUUGAUUUCAUCCCACUGUAAUGAUAAACUAAAACCUAGUUCUUUUUGCUUAAGGCACAUCUAUGUAUUUUUGGUAUUCUUCAGCAGUGGAAAAAAAAAAGAAUAGUAAAAUGGAAUGAUGAAGAGACGCUUUUUGAAAAUAUUGAUGAAUGAAUAUUAAUUUAUUAAAAAGGAUUUAAAACUUAA